UCGAAGUGUUUCGGCCGCGUUCCGCGAGCGUCUUUGCAGCAGGAUCGACUAGGACCAGACUGUCUGAUUCGUCAUGGCCGGCUACAUCAAUCAGAUGGUUCACUUCAAGGGGGACUUGGCCACGUGCAGCAGUAUCCAGACGCCGAGCAAGACCCACAAGAUGGAUGAGGGCAGCACCGACGGCUCGGAGGGCACGUACGGCUCUCGGCCCACCACAGACGGAGAGGAGUACCAGGAUGCCACCCGUGAAGCGCUGACUGAGCCGUGGACUGUUCCGUUCCCCCGGUGGCAGGACACGAAGCUCCCCAUGGCGGAAUGCCAGGAUUGGUCGGCGGCUUUCCCCAUGGACGCAGGCCUCAAUGAUGAGAUGGCCAAGCUUUGGCUGCAGCGCGAAGUAGCGGAGCUGGCAGAAAUGAUGGGUUCCAACGAGAUGCCGCGGCCUGUCCUUGCCGGGCCCCAGGCCAUCGAUGCGCAAAUCCGAAGCUUGCACUCUCAGCUGAACCGGGUCUCGCAAUUGCUGAGGUCACCUCAGUCCCCGAUGUCUCCGAUGUCUCCAUCAAUGUCUCCGAUGUCUCCAUCGAUGUCUCCGAUGUCUCCAUCGAUGUCCCCGACAAUGUCACCAUUGAUGUCUCCAAAGAAAUCAGCGGAGGAGGAUGUGUUUACCGUAAUGAUGCGAAACAUCCCCAACAAGUACACCCAGCGGAUGCUGAUCGAGGAGGUGAACUCCAGCGGCUUCAACGGUGCUUACGACUUCCUUUACCUGCCCAUUGACAAAGAGUCCGGUGCCAACAAGGGCUACGCCUUCCUGAACUUUGUACGCCCGGACCUCGCCUAUGCCUUCAAGAUGGCCUUCGAUGGGAAGCAGAUGGCCCAGUUCAGGUCGAACAAGAUUGUGAACGUGGCACCUGCGACGAUCCAGGGCUUCGAGGCAAAUUACGAGCACUUCUCAAAGACACGGGUGAACUACGGCGACCCGGAUGUCCGCCCGCUCUUCCUGAAGAAGCCCAAGGCAGUCAAGACGCGCAGCCUCCGCAAGCCUCCAGGCCUCGAGGCAGUCCAGGCGGAGAUGAAUCUGCCAGGCGUCAACCAGCGGGUGGAGGGUGGCUGCUUUUGUCCCUUUUGCGGUGCCAGGCGGGGGCCCAGCUUCAUGUUCUGCCAGAGCUGCGGGAGGCACGCGCAAGUUGCAAAGACGGGAGACGUCAAAUGCCCAAGGCUGCUUGGCGUUUUUCUGGCGAACCACGGGACAUAGGCGGAGAACCUUCCACUGGAAUAGACCCCUAGUUGGGGCAGUUAGUCUUCAGUGA